CACAAAUGGUCAGCUAACUUGCUAUUGAAACAAGGAAAACACGCAACUCAGACCAAGAUGAGCAGUGUUAACUUAAUCACUUGCUACACAACAUCUGUCUUCAAAAAAAAUAUUUAUUUGUUGUCCAUGUUGAUAACCUUUAGGUGAUCGUCCGAGCCCGCCGUUUAAACACCAGUCGGUUGUGGUCUGCCUCGUUGUGCAGAUCUCUGCAAUUAAAUUAAUUUAUAGUGUACUUAACAAUUAACCUGUGAUGUUACAUAAAAUCCUGUGUUUUGUUGCUCUGGCCAUAGCCGUGACUGCUCAAGAUCGGAAAUGCAACAAUGACGUCGCGUGCAUCCCACUCGUAUCAUGCUCGGGGCUGAACAGCCAGCUGCAGAACGGCAGGACUGAAGAGCUGGUCGUGCUGCUGAGGAAGCUGCACUGCGGCUUCGAUCACGACGACCCUAAGGUAUGCUGUCCCCCCGAGUUCCAAACGGAGAGCCAGCCAAACAGAAUAGGCGUCGGUUUCACUGGCUCUGCGGCACCCGGCAGCUUCCCAGACCCUACUUCCAGUGGCGAUUCUGACAGCUUGCUGCCCAACAACAAAGUGUGCGGCAUACAAACUAACGACAGGAUUGUAGGUGGAGAGCAAACGGAAUUAGAUGAGCACCCGUGGACGGCGCUGCUUCGAUACGACAAACCCCGAGGAUCGGGCUUCUACUGCGGCGGUGUGUUGAUAUCCUCUCGGUAUGUCAUGACUGCCGCGCACUGCGUGAAGGGCGCGGAUCUGCCACACAACUGGAGAUUGUCUCAAGUCCGUCUCGGAGAAUGGAACACGUCCAGCACCACAGACUGCUACGGCGGCGAAUGCCACUCCGAAAUCCAGGACGUGCCGGUGGAGCAAGUCAUCGCUCACGAGAACUACGACCCCAACAACACCAACCAGCAUGACGAUAUCGCCCUGCUAAGGCUGGCCAGGAAAGUGCAAUUUACAGACUUUAUCAAGCCAAUUUGCCUACCGUCGACGGAUGCCCUGAGAACCAACACUUUUGAAGACUACGAUAUGGAGGUCGCAGGCUGGGGUAAAACUGAAACACGUGACGAGAUGGCAGACCCUCCAACAAGCACGGUCUCUAUAGGUUCAGAAUCGGACGUCAAACUAAAAGUCCGCGUACCAGUGGUCACCAUGUCCGAAUGCUCCCAAGUGUUCCGACCCGUCGGCCGGCGCAUCAUCAACAAGCAGAUCUGCGCGGGCGGCGUCGCCGGCCGGGACUCCUGCCGCGGCGACUCCGGCGGCGCGCUCAUGGGCCGAGUGCCGACUGUGGACAACUGGAUAGCUGUGGGCGUUGUUUCCUACGGACCCUCGCCUUGCGGGACCGCUGGCUGGCCGGGCGUCUACACUCGUGUGGGCGCGUACUUUGACUGGAUCGUAAGCAAACUGAGGCCUUAAGACUGAUGUUAGGUCAGGGAUCUCCAAACUUUUUGGUUAUGGCCAGGCCUUUGGCCCGCUUUCUUUUAGCUGGAAUCUGUCGCCGUUUAAGCUCUGCACAGUCGUUGAAGUGAAGUGACAAUGUAAUGUUGGCAGUAUCACUUCCAUAAUUACCACUGCAAAAUAUGUGCAGCUAGCUUGCUCCGUCUCAAUGGUCCUUGCCUAUCCGCUUCGUUCCCGUGGGCCGUAGUUUGGAGGCCCGUUUUAGGUUAUGUUGUAAGAGUAUACUCAUUGCGGUUGUGCCAUUUAAAACCGACGUAGGUUUUUUCUGGUCAUGUUUGCCUAGUACUUAUGUAUUUAUUACUUAUAGAAGACCUGGCAGUGGCGUAGCGUGCCUUGGCGGGGCCCCGUAUAAAAAUUUGUUUAGGGGCCCUUAGGAAGGGUAAAGAUUUCUCACAAUAACGCACGUUGGGGCCCCCGUGGCCCGAGGGCCCCGUAUAAUUGAUACGGCAGAUACGGCGGUAGCUACGCCCCUGAGACCUGGCUUAAAUAGAUGUUAAGGUACCUACGUGUUAAAAAAAAACAGAAGAUUCAACCUAAAGCAGGACAAUCUCAUUUAUAUUUUACAUUAAAUUAAGGAAUUGCUCUGUUAAUAAGGUAAAAAAAAAAACAAUAAAAAUACCGUAUAUUUAA